AUGGACUCCCAGAACACCAUGAAGACCCGAGUGGAACCGGGUAUAGAACCUGAAGUUGUCAUCAGAUGCACAGAAUCUUGGCAGCUGGAGAUGGAGAGAGAAAAGCGGGAUGAGAUGGAUGACGAGAGGGCGUGGUAUCUCCUGACCAGAGACACAGACUCCUCCUCCGUGGCCUUCUCUCACUUCCGAUUCGACGUCGAGUGCGGAGAGGAGGUGCUAUACUGUUAUGAGGUCCAGUUGGAGAGCAGAGUAAGGAGGAAAGGACUGGGCAAGUUCCUCAUCCAGAUACUACAGCUCAUUGCCAACAGCAUACAGAUGAAGAAGGUAAUGUUAACAGUAUUCAAACACAACCACGGGGCACACCAGUUCUUCAGGGACGCCUUCAGGUUUGAGAUCGAUGACACCUCCCCUAGUAUGUCUGGUUGCUGCGGUGACGACUGCACCUAUGAGAUCCUGUCACGGCGGACCAAACACGCAGAGGCCUCGGGUCACAGCCAUGGGGGAGGGGGGCACUGUGGGGGCUGCUGCCACUGAGGGACAUGCCUACUUCCAGUUCCUGUUUCACCACGUCCUGGUCCGAUGCUCUAAAACCUAUCCCACUUUCCUAAUCAUGUGUCUU